AUGUGGUGGGGCAGCGGUGCGGCGCUGAGGAAGGAAGGCGGCGUGCCGCGGGAGGCGGGGCGGCGGGGCGAAGGCGCGGGGUGGAAGAUGGGGCGGGAGGUGGGGCAGUGGCACGCGGAGGGAGGCGGGGCGACGGUGCGAAGGGGCGGGGGGAAAGGUGGGACAGGAGGUGGGCAGCGGCGGGUUGGCAGGAGGAGGCUGUGGGGAGCACGGGGACUCCGGCGAGCCACUGGCCCUAGCUAUGGCGCCACCCUCCAACGCCUCGAUGUGUUGCCCGGCACCAACCCCCUGCCUCUGGCGCGCCACCCUCCGCUGCCCCCACUGCCUCGAUGCACCACCCUCCACCGCCCCACGGCCUCGACGCGCCACCCGCUGCUGACCGCUUGGCUCCGGCGCGCCACCUGCCGUCGCUCCCACCUGGACCCCGGACGCAUCUCCUACAGCCGUUCCCUGCCCUUGGCCCCGACGAGCCUCUGUCGCCACUCAUCCCCACAGCGCCUCUCUGCGGUCAGGCUUCCAAAAGCAGAGCAGAUCCCAUGCUCCUGCAAGUCAACUGCUACUCCCGCGACCGGUCAAUCUCCACUAGCGCCUUUGCAUCGUCUCCUGCAUCGCGCAAAAGGUCUCCCCCUCACCAGCGAUGGCAGCGGUGUCCGGGUCCAGCCCCGCUCACCUCCCCAAUCCCCAUCCCACUGGCUGACCUACAGCUGGGGAAGGUCUCGAUCUGCAACUGGAGGAGAUCUCGACCUGCAGUUUCAGGCGGCGACCAUCAAGGAUUUUUUCUGGAAAAGGCAUUCCGUGCUGAGAGAGAUGCCUCCAUAUCUUCUUGUGGGUAUUUGCAAGUUGUCUUCAUUCUGUUCUUGUAGCACAACCGCGAACCUGAGGAAAACUAGAGGUUAAGAUUUCACGGCCAGGAGCUCGGUCACUUCUCAAUCCCUAUGUCCUAUGAGCUGAUUCAUUUAGAAUUUUGUUAGAUUAACUAGCAAGCAAUUUUCUACAAACUACAAAAUGUACAGAGUAAACUUUGAGGCCGAGCACAGCGCGAGCUUCAGUUCAUGGCAGUCACCCGGUCCCUACCAGCCUUAUGCUAUUGAAUCAGACGCGCAACAGAGAAUUUAUUCAAAAUUAUAGAGAUGUUUUAUGUGUGCAACAAAAACAAUGUUCACAUUUCUUAUGCGUGGAAAAUCAAGAACUGAUGCAUUCCUCUGUUUGUAUGCUCAUGCCCUGGGGGCUUCGGAUGAAAAGUACCUCCCAGUUGGGCUAUGUCGCAGAGAUAUAUAGACAUUUUGGAUUUUAUUGAUUUUAAUAAAAAAUGCAUUUUUCUGUUGGUGCA